UUCGGCUCUGUCCACGGAUGGGGCUCGGGCUGGAGCUGUGCAGCAGGAGGGCUGUAGCCCUGCAGCGUAGCGUUCAGCUGAAAGGCCAACGUGAGCCUUUUUUUUUUAGGCCCUUCUUCCCUGGGCUUUCCUGGGAGAUCCCUGCAGCCAGCGUUCUGGGUGCUGAUUUUCCAUCGUACGCCGUGGAGCAGGAUUUAGCUGAGUCAAUGUGGCAGAGCUCUUGCGGUCUCUCCAGGCAGCUGCAGCGGGAUAGGGCCGUGCUGGGGGCUCUGCUGCUGCAGGCACAGCCCCAUUGCGGGGGACGAGAGCAGGCAGUGGUCCUUACAGCCCACGCAGGUCCUGAACCCACAGCUGGGGGUUACGGCUGGGCGGCGCCAGACCUUCAGGGCAGGGUAGGGGCCCUGGCUGGGGUGGGAGAGGGGUCCCUGGUGUCACCGCUCUGAGCUCAGGACGUGCUGAGCUGCAUGCAUCCUGGCAGCCCCCGAGGAAGGAAGGGCCGGGCCGGGCCGGCUCCAGUGCCUGCAAGGAUGAGUGGGUGGCAGCGACCCUGGGGGCCGAGUAGGGGGCACGGGGCUCUGGCUGCACAGGAACCGGGCGUUGCUGGUGCCAGCUCCCAGCCAGGCUGCAAUGACGCCUGGCACAGCCCCGAGCUCAUUGGCCCAGCGCUGCCCUGACUCACCCGGGAAGCACUGGGAGGGGGCAGGUGUCGGCGCCCCGAAGGGCAGCACCUCUGUGGCACUGUGCGGACGCAGCCAGCGGGACACGGCCCAGCAGGAUGGUCCUCGGGAUGCAGGGCAGUGUGCCCAGUGACCUGACCCCGGAGGAGUGCCAGGAGCUGGAGAACAUCCGCCGCCGCAAGCAGGAGCUGCUGGCUGACAUUCAGCGGCUGAAAGAUGAGAUCGCAGAAGUGACGAAUGAGAUCGAGAACCUGGGCUCCACGGAGGAGAGGAAAAACAUGCAGAGGAACAAGCAGGUGGCCAUGGGCAGGAAGAAGUUCAACAUGGAUCCCAAGAAGGGUAUCCAGUUCCUGAUCGAGAACGACUUGCUGAAGAACACGUGUGAGGAUAUCGCUCAGUUCCUCUACAAGGGAGAGGGCCUCAACAAGACAGCCAUCGGGGACUACCUGGGCGAGAGGGACGAGUUCAACAUCCAAGUCCUGCACGCCUUCGUGGAGCUGCACGAGUUCACGGACCUCAACCUUGUCCAGGCACUGCGGCAGUUCCUGUGGAGCUUUCGGCUGCCAGGAGAGGCACAGAAGAUCGAUCGGAUGAUGGAGGCCUUCGCACAGCGGUACUGCCAGUGCAACCCCGGCGUCUUCCAGUCCACAGACACCUGCUACGUGCUCUCCUUUGCUAUCAUCAUGCUGAACACCAGCCUGCACAACCCCAACGUCAAGGACAAACCCACAGCAGAGCGCUUCAUUGCCAUGAACCGUGGCAUCAACGAUGGGGGGGACCUGCCCGAGGAGCUGCUGCGGAAUCUCUAUGAGAGCAUCAAGAAUGAACCCUUCAAAAUCCCGGAGGAUGAUGGCAAUGACCUCACCCACACUUUCUUCAACCCCGACCGGGAGGGCUGGCUGCUGAAGCUGGGAGGAGGCAGGGUGAAGACGUGGAAGCGGCGCUGGUUCAUCCUGACCGACAACUGCCUUUACUACUUUGAAUACACGACGGAUAAAGAGCCGCGUGGCAUCAUCCCCCUGGAGAACCUGAGCAUCCGUGAGGUGGAGGAUUCCAAGAAGCCUAACUGCUUCGAGCUCUACAUCCCCGACAACAAGGACCAGGUGAUCAAGGCCUGCAAGACGGAGGCGGACGGGCGGGUGGUGGAGGGCAACCACACCGUGUACCGCAUCUCAGCCCCCACGCCCGAGGAGAAGGAGGAGUGGAUCAAGUGCAUCAAGGCAGCCAUCAGCCGGGACCCCUUCUACGAGAUGCUGGCCGCCAGGAAGAAGAAGGUGUCCUCCACCAAGAGGCACUAGCAGCCCGGCGAGGCCGCCGUGCCCCCGGCAGCACCAAACCUCCCGUCCCCAGGGCUGCGGGGCUGGGGCUCAGCACGGCCCCGGUGCCAGGACCCAGCUUCAGCUUCGCAGUUUCUUUACCGUGGGGGGAGGGAGGGAGCAAGGGCAUCUCAGUGCCAGCACCGCCUCACUUCCAGACAGCACCGGGCUGCAGCUGGGACUCCCCUGCACACAGUCCUGGGGUUGGCUGCGGGAUGGGAAGUGCCACCUGCGCACAUCGCCCUCCCCUCCCACCUCGGCAGCCCAGGGCUCAUCCGGCAUCCCCCCACCGAGCUCCAGCUUCCAGCCCUGGGCAGCAGUGAGCUGCAGCCAGCAAGGAGGGAGAAGAGCCUGGCCGGGGGGAACCCGGGGACCCCAUGUUGGGGAUGUGCUUCUGGGUCCCCCAGCACUCAUGUCCUGAAGCACUUGAGGUGUCCCAUCCUGGAGGAGAAAGCUGGCGGGUGCAGGGUGCUGGAAGCACUGGGCAGCCCCGGGGCAGCGGCAGCACUCCUGGCCCUCGUUGUAGCGGGCUUGGGGUGCCCUCCCCAGCCAUGGGGUGCUGGAGCUGAGUGAGGCCGCAGUCCCUGCCACGUCCUGCGGCCAUGAGCCCCUCGGUGCCGGGUGGGGACGGCUGUUGUGAGCCCCUGUCCCCAGGCAGGACUGCACCACGGAUGGCUGCCAUCAGGAUGCGGCCCCCCCAGCACCGUGGCCGUUUCCCCUUCCCCAGCCGCACGCACAGGGCUGGAGAGGCGCCUGGAUCAGUAUUAGUCUAUUUAUCAGAGGUGUAAAUAUUCCUGUAUAGUUUUCUCCUUUUAGAUUAUUUUGUAUGUUGGGGUUCUGUGCAGAGGCCUCUCUUGGAGGGCGUGGUGUGGCAGGAUUUUUUAUUCUUUUUUUUUUUUUUUUUUUUUUUUUUUUUUUUUUUUUUUUGCCACGGCCUUGUAAACUAGCGCUGAGGAUCUGCAGCCAAUAAACACCGAACUGCGCUCACUCG